CACCACACAAGGGUCCUCGAGAGCCUUGCCGCCGGCCUCCAGGGGCGGAUCCCCGACAGCCUCAAGGCCCUCCUCCGCUCUAUGGUCGCAUGGGAGCCCUCGGGCCGCCCGACGGCCGAGGAAGCUCUGGCCGACCCGGCGGCCUGGGAACAGACCGCGGUGGCGGAGGAGCCUGUCCUGGAGGACGAGCAGCACCAGAGCAGCAGCGGGGAGACGUCCAGGGCGAGACGGGGACGGCGGUCGGGCGGCCCUUCCAUCACGAGCUCACACGACAUGAACAGGAAGAGGGCGCAUGAGUCUUCCCCCCAGCCGGCCAUGGCCGGAGCAAGUCAGUCAGGUGCGAACAAGAAGAAAAAGGGGAUGAUGCCGACAUCUCAACCGUCUGGCCAGGAGGGCGUCACGGUACAGGAACCAGAAACAGCGUUCCACACAAGUUAAGCGGAAUCAAGUCGCUUGACAAGUGAAGUUGACGGUUUCGAGGUGCUGUUCAAGCUAAAUAAGCGGCAUAUUUAAGCAAGUGGCUUGCAAGCGAACAAGUUGCCCAAGUCCUGUUGUGGAUCCUUAUAGGCUCAGUUUACCCCACUUUUUUUUCAAUAUUUUGCUUCAUUUUUAUAGGAAUGUUUCAACCCUAACCCUAAGUUGACAUAACGAAAAAUCAUUUUGCUGAG